UCGAUCGACCCGUCUGCCUUGCCUGCCGCGAGCAUUAUUAGCGCGUCGAUCCAGCCCACGUUUGUUUGGUAAUCCCGGGCGCGCGGCAUUGAUGGGUUCCUCCCAGGCGCUUGCUCUGUGGGUGGUGAUCACGCACCUCCUCUCCCUUGGCGGCGGCUUCGUAAGCUGCGCCAAGCCGAGCUUCUGGCCGAGCUCGGCCACGCACGACGAGGCCGGCUGCCUCAGCUGGCGCGUCAUGGUGGAGGCCAACAACGCGCGGGGCUGGCGUACGGUGCCGGCGCCCUGCGUCGGCUACGUCAAGGCCUACAUGACCCGGGGCCAGUACGGCAGGGACCUGGACAGCGUCAUGGAGCAGGUGUCCGCGUACGUCGACCAGAUCGCCGCCGCCGCCGACGGCCUCGACGCCUGGAUCUUCGACAUCGACGACACCUGCCUCUCCAACCUGCUCUACUACCAGGCCAAGCGCUUCGGGGCGUACGAUCCCAUGGCCUUCAAGAAGUGGGCUAGCCAGGGGGCCUGCCCGGGGAUACCUCCGGUCCUUGAGCUGUUCGCGGCGCUGCAGGACAAGGGAUUCAAGGCCUUCCUUGUCUCCGGGAGGGACGAGGAGACUCUGGGCUCCUGCACGUCCCAGAAUCUGGAGUCAGAAGGGUUCUCAGGGUACGAGAGGCUCAUGAUGAGAACUCCCGAGUACCGAGGGCAGAGCUCGUCGGUGUUCAAGUCGGCGAUGAGGAAGCAGCUGGUGGACGAGGGCUACAGGAUCCGCGGCAACGUCGGGGAUCAGUGGAGCGACCUGCAGGGCGACAACGUCGGUGACCGCGUGUUCAAGAUACCAAACCCCAUGUACUUCGUCCCGUGAAAACACACGGGUCGCCGGCCGGCCACCGGUGUGCUCGCUGCCUGCCUGCCUGCCUGAUCGACUAAUUCGUAGGCCGUGUAAACAACGGCCGAUAUGUGGCAAAACAAGCAUAGUAGAACUUAAAUCAUGAUAAAUAAAUAGGCAGUUUUUCGAUUAAAUUAAUCCAUGAAUAAAUC